AUGAACUGUCUACUAGCCAUUCUUAUGUUAACGGAGAGACGCAACCAUCCCAAUGGUCGUCUUGUGGUAAUGCAACUAGGAGAGCAGGCUGAGCUCUAUCAUACCUAUCGACAUAAGGAAAUAAGCCGAUUCCGGUCGGUUGAAGGUCAUAGUGACAUUUUCAUGGCCCCAAGCUCAAUCGAACAUGCCGGGACCCAUCUGACUAUAUAUUGCUCCGCCUCGCGUAGCGUGAAUAGUUUAGAGAAAUUUAUCAUCGAAGAUACACAGCAACUAAAUAGGCUCUCUGCCAUGGGAUUUCACCAAGAUUUGACAAAAGAAGAAGACUGUCUCUAUGCCCUAAAAAAACGCCACAAGGAAUUGCAGAAAAUCCGAGGACUGAGUCCAAAUUUUCGACUUAAUGCUUUUCCUUUUAUCGAGGAUAGGAAAUGUACAGAAAGUUCGGUAUAUUGUUUAGCUUUACAAGGAGAAAUAUCAUUAUUUGCCAAAGAUGAUUUGAAUAUCAAACAUCAAGGAAAAAUGACUAUCCCGGUGGAAUACAACAAUAGAUUUAGCAUGGCCAGUAUUGUACUUGGCGGUAAAUUUCUGCACGUUAUGCAAAUCCAUCAACAAGAAUUUGGACUCGCAUGGUACCAGGGAAAACUUGAAAUAUUUGUAAAGGUGCCAUCAAGUAACUUGUGGAGGCUGAAAAAAGAAGAUGGUAGAUUCUCGCAUCAUCAUCUCAUCAACGGCAUUAUAGCCCAUCAAUUUCCGGGAGUGGGAGCGAUAACGAAAGCACUGAAAAGUUUAAAUCACAAAAGUAUGGGACCAGCCAGUCAUGAUCAAUAUCCAGCACAGGUACAAGAAUUCAAUCAAUUACUUUCAAAAAUAGGCAAGAGCGGAACUGAGUUUAAUCAAGUACUCGCGACCGGCUUUUUUAUCCCAGAGCCUUAUACUCACCCGUAA